AUGACUCGUGAAACUAAGCUCAAAAAAUAUACUCGUCAACUUCAUUCUGGAAAUUGUGAUAUUGCAAAACUUACAAACCAAUAUUUAGAAGACACCGUGAAUCUCCUUAAACGUAAACUCAAACGGUCUAAUAUUUCUAAAGAAGAAUAUGAAUCUCGUCUUAUUGAAAUCACAAAUCUCCGAAAUGAAAUCAGUGAUUUACAAGAUAAAAUCAAAAUUUUACGAGAAGAAAUAAAUACUUUAAAAGAUGAAAAUAGAGAGUUGCGAAAAGAAAACGGAGAAUUACAUUGUGAAUUAAAUGUUCUUUGCAAUAAUUUCGAUUUAGUACAAAUAAGCGAAAAGAAGGAUAAUGGAGAAUUAAUACAAAGAAAGAAUCAAGAAAGGAUAAACUCAAAUCAAAGGAUCAGAAGAAUACUUGAAGCAUACAAAAAAAAAUAUGAAUCAGUAAAUGAAGAUACAAUUGAAGCAGGUCCUUCAAAGAUAGCAGAAAUUAUUGAUGAUGAAGAGAUGGAAGUUGAAACUAAACAGACCUGGAAAGACUUGGAGAUCGCAGAAAUUUUGGUUGAAAUUGCGGUUAAUUUAUCUCCAAAAGACCUUUUUUUAUCUUUUUCAAUAGUAGAUAAAAUGAUUUUCAAUACGAUCAAAUGUCAUACCGAAAAUAAUCAAAAUUUUUGGAGAACUCGCAGAGAACUUGGAGAAAAUUUAAUCCCUGAAAUGGCUCUGGCAAUCGAUUCUGUAGAUUUUUGUCAACUCCAAUGGUACUAUCUUCAUCCUAGCUUGCGGAACAGACCAGAUGCAUCUCAUAUAUUAUUUUUCCUGCGAAAAGACGUCGAUAGAACUCUCAAGCAAUAUGAUCAAGUACCCGAUGAUGUGAAAUUAGAAUGGUUAGAAGUGAAAUCAAAAUCAAUUCAGGAAUUUCAAAAAGAAGUUCUAAAAUACAAACAUCCAAUAAUUACAGAUCAAAAUAUUGAAUCAAUUUUACUCCGUUCUAGAUUUUAUAUUCCUAUAUGUUAUAGUCUUCAAGAUAAUCUAAACAGCAUUCAUUAA